AUGUCGUACAACAAGCCGGACGGCCCUCCUCCUUCAUAUCCUGCGCCCGUUCACGACGCUGGCCCAUACGGCCACCCUGGCUCACCUCCGCCUGGUGGCGCAAACCAAGACUACUAUAAUCAAGGCGGCUACUACCCUCCGCAAGGAUACCCGCAACAGCAGCAAGGUUACUAUGCCGAUGACCGGGGAGGGUCGUCAGGUGGUGGCAUUUGUGCCGGUAUCAUGGCCGCUCUCGCAUGCUGUUGCUGCUUGGAUAUUCUGUUCUAA